AUGGAGUUCACCGAGGACUAUCCCUCAAAGCCGCCAAAGUGCAAGUUUGCACAGGUUCACGGCAAGCCACUGUUCCACCCGAACGUGUACCCUUCCGGAACUGUUUGCCUUAGUAUCCUAAAUGAGGAUGAGGACUGGAAGCCAGCCAUCACGAUCCGCCAGAUCCUGCUAGGUAUUCAGGACCUCCUGGACAACCCAAACGCUGCGUCGCCAGCACAGGAGGAGCCCUACCGACUAUUUUCCACCGACAAGACUGAGUACUUGAGGCGGGUGAAGAAGCAAGUCUCAGAGGUGGCAGGGGGUGCCCAAACUGGCUGA